AUGGUUUCUUCUCAAUUAACUGCUUUAAUUGAAAACAAGCCAUUCAAAUCCUCCAAGAACUAUUUCCAAUUCCCAAAAAACCCUCCCAAUGAAACAUCAGAUACUCUUGAAUUGGACUUUUCUGAUACAUUUGGUCCUCUCCCACUGCCAGCUUGCAAUUCUGAAAUUCCAAGCGAUGGCCUUGUGGUCAUUUACAGCCGUUCACAUUCUUUAGUGGGUCCCACGCCAUGUGUAAGCCACUUGCUGAAUCUAAGGAAGUUAACCAUAUGCGAAACGGAUGAAUCAUUGGAGGAUUUCAGUGAUGUGAUAGAUAAAGAGAUUGAAGAAGAAGAUUCUGAAAAUGGUUGUAAGGUGAAAACCAUAGGGCUUGAAGAUUUUGAAAUCAUGAAAGUUGUGGGGCAAGGGGAUUUUGGUAAAGUGUAUCAAGUGAGAAAGAGAGAUAGUUUGGAAAUAUAUGCAAUGAAAGUUGUGAGAAAAGAUAAGAUUGUGGAGAAAAAUCAUGCUGAGUAUAUGAAAGCAGAGAGAGAUAUCUUGACAAAGAUUGAUCAUCCCUUUAUUGUCCAGCUUCGUUACUCUUUCCAGACAAAAUAUCGACUUUACCUCGUUUUGGACUUUGUGAAUGGUGGACAUCUUUUUUUCCAACUAUAUCAUCAUGGACUGUUUCGAGAGGAUUUGGCACGUAUUUAUGCCACAGAGAUUGUUUCAGCUGUUUCUCACCUUCAUGCAAAUAGGAUAAUGCAUAGGGAUCUUAAGCCUGAAAAUAUACUACUUGAUGUGGAAGGACAUUCAUUGCUUACGGAUUUUGGGCUAGCAAAAGAGUUUGAUGAAAAUGCAAGAUCAAAUUCUUUAUGUGGAACAAUAGAAUACAUGUCACCUGAAAUUAUUCUUGGUAAAGGCCAUGACAAGGCUGAUGAUUGGUGGAGUGUUGGAAUCUUGUUGUUUUGA